GAAAUACCCUUGAGCCUUAAGGUAUCCGAGAAUUGAAAACUCCAUCCAAACCCCACGUUAUCUCCCAUCCGAUUUUUGCCCAGCCAUGAAAACCAUCCUCAGUUCCUCACUACCCCAUGGCCAUUCUCCUCUCCCUACAUUCCCACCCACCAAAACCUCCCCAACACCCCAGCGCUCCAAAACCCACAUCUCUUACCAUCCCAAUCUCUAUCACUUCCAUAAUCACCAAGAGAGACUUUAUCCUCAAAACUGCUGUUCUCGGCUUUAUCUCCAUACCUCUUCAAAACCCACUAGUCCAAUGCUUAGCUGAGCCUUCCCCACCCGCAAAACCGGCUCUUUCAGGUAUCGCCAACACCAAAUCAUGGUUUCAGUUCUAUGGCGAUGGGUUUUCCAUCCGGGUCCCUCCUCAAUUUGAGGACAUCAUGGAACCCGAGGAUUUCAAUGCUGGAUUGUCUCUAUAUGGGGAUAAGGCAAAGCCCAAGACCUUUGCAGCUCGUUUUGCAUCUUCUGAUGGAUCUGAAGUGUUGAGUGUUCUCAUUCGUCCGACCAAUCAACUGAAGAUUACCUUCUUAGAGGCCCAAGACAUUACUGAUUUAGGUUCCUUGAAGGAUGCAGCAAAACUUUUUGUUCCAGGUGGGGCAACUUUGUAUUAUGCACGAACGAUAAAAAUAAAGGAGGAUGAAGGUUUCAGGACAUAUUACUUCUAUGAGUUUGGUAGGUUUGAGCAACAUGUAGCACUGGUAGCUACUGUUAACAGUGGGAAGGCAAUUGUGGCCGGAGCAACAGCCCCACAGUCGAAAUGGACCGAUGAUGGUGUGAAGCUUCGUUCUGCGGCUAUAUCACUUACACUACUAUAGUAAUCUGAGUGGUAACUUACUACGAAUCGUCAUUAUUCUUUCUGUAGUCCGAAAGCUUCUGACGCUCAUGUCCUCUCUUUCGACGUUACACGUGCCACUUUCUUUAAACUGCAUUACAAAUGAAAAAUUAGAACUUAAGGAUGAAGUAAAUUUCUAUUUGCAUUUUACAGAACCCUCUGCUCAUUUCGUUUUCAUUCCUCCAGAUUAUUUUCAUAUCCUUCAUUCAAAACGUUCUGCAUUUUUUUUUUAAAGUUUGAUACAGGUGGUCUAGUUGAUCAAUGAAGUGAUAUUGAUGCAAGUCACAACCGCUGAGUUCCGUGGUUUGGAUAGCCCAUCAUCUUAUCAGGCAUCAGCUCAGUAUUGGGCGGUAUUACCAGCUUUAACUCUCAUCAGUCGUCACGGCUUUGAAAGCUUACAGAGUUUUACUAGAAGAAAUUCAAUUCAGUUUCUUUUACAGGUCCUACAACCAUAGGAAAGCAUUUCAUGUCCAAACAAUUCCCAAUGUUUGAACAGAAAUGUUUGGAUAAGCCUUUUGGAUUGUGUUUGGACACAAACCUGAUGUUACAUUUUCAAUACAAAUAUUCUUUUUCAGCUCGAGCAAAUACAAGUAUGAGUUUGAAGUGCA